AUGCCGCCUAAGAAGAAGGGAAACAAGGCUCGGGCCAACGAUGACUGGGAGAAUGAGCUCGGCGAAAGCAUCGCCCCCGCUGGCACCACCCCAGAGGCUGCUGCCGAAACGCCAGCCGACGAGGAGGAGUCCGGCGGCGCUGGUGGUCUUAUGGCCACUAUGCGCAAAAACAGGGAGAAGAGGAAGAAGAAGGGUAUCGAAGACACAGCUCCCGCCGAACCCAGCCCCGAGCCCGAACCUUCGCCCAGUCUCGCCGAGAAGGCUCCCCAGGAAGCGACUAUGGACGACGAGUUCGCUUUGCCUGAAAAGAAAGGCAAGGGCGGAAAGGGAAAGCAGGCCGCUACUCCCGCUGCCAAGGCCGACGAUGAUGAAGGCGACACCGGCGGCCGCGUUCUGACCAAGGCCGAGAAGGAGAAGUUGAAGAAGGAGAGGGAGAAGCAGCGUAAGAAGGAGCAGGCUGCGAAAAAGAAGGGAUCAGCCCCAGCCCAAAAGGCUGCCGAGCCUGCCAAGGCAGCUCCCGAGAAACAAGAGGCACCAACACCUGCUGCUGCCCCGGCCCCCGUGGAGGAGAAGGGUGGCAAGAAAAAGAAGAUUCCUGCCCACCUUGCUAUGAUCCAAAAGCAACAGGAGGAGCUACGUCGCAGACAAGAAGAGGAGACCCGUAUGGCUGAGGAGGAGAAGGCUAGAAUCGCCGAAGAGGAGAAACGCUUGGAGGAGGAAUCUAAGCGUAGAGAGGAAGCCAAGGCCUUGAAGAAGCAAAAAGAAAAGGAGAAGAUUGAGCAACUCAAGAAGGAAGGCAAGUUCAUGACCAAGGCUCAGAAGGAGGAGAAGGCACGCAACGAGCGCAAGCUCCAGCAGAUGCUUGCUGCAGGUAUCAAGGUGGGCCCCGCCGACGAGGGUGAAAAGAAAAAGAAGGUUGUCUACGACAAUAGGAAGAAGGGCGGCAGAAAGGUUCAAGAUAAGAUUGACGAAGAGAAAGCCCUCGCUGAGGCCGCCGAGCGCGCGCGACAGCAAGCUGAAAAACUUGCCAAGGAGGCAGAGGAGAAGGCGGCGAGAGAAAAGGCCGAGGCCGAGGCUGCUGAAGCCAAAAAGAAGGCUGCCGAGGCCAGUGACUUGGAAGACGACUGGGAAGCAGCUGCCGCUGCCGACGAUGACGACGUCAAGGAUAGCUGGGACGCCGACACCGAAGAUGAACAAGAGAAGAAGGAAGCGGCCAAGGCCAACGAGAAGCCUAGUCAAAAGGAGGAUGAGAACUCAGAGUCUGAAUCCGAAUCAGAGUCCGACGACUCGGAGGACGAAAGAGAAACUGCCGCCCGCCAAGCCGAGCUUCAGCGCAAGAGGGAGGCUGCCGAACGUCGUGAGAAGGCUCACCAGGCUGCUCUGGCUGCCAGGUCCAAGGACAACCUUCGUUCCCCCAUUUGCUGCAUUCUCGGUCACGUCGAUACCGGAAAGACCAAGCUGCUUGACAAGAUUCGUCAGACCAAUGUUCAGGAGGGUGAAGCCGGCGGUAUCACUCAACAAAUCGGUGCUACCUACUUCCCCGUUGAGGCCAUCAAGCAGAAGACGGCAGUGGUCAACCCCAACGGCGAGUUUGAGUUCAAGGUCCCCGGUCUGCUGGUCAUCGAUACACCAGGCCACGAGUCUUUCUCUAAUUUGCGGUCUCGUGGUUCAUCACUCUGCAACAUCGCCAUUCUUGUCGUCGAUAUCAUGCACGGUCUUGAACCCCAGACGCUCGAGUCUAUGAGGAUGCUGCGUGAGAGAAAGACCCCGUUCGUCGUAGCCCUCAACAAGAUCGAUCGUCUCUAUGGCUGGAAGAAGAUUGACAACAACGGCUUCCAGGAGAGCUUGGCUCUGCAGCCCAAGAGCGUCCAGAACGAGUUCAAGAACCGUUUGGAGCAGACUAAGCUCGCCUUUGCCGAGCAAGGUUUCAAUGCUGAGCUUUUCUACGAGAACAAGUCCAUGGCGAAAAACGUUUCUCUUAUCCCUACUUCUGCUCACACUGGUGAGGGCAUCCCUGACAUGCUUAAGCUCAUUGUUCAACUCACCCAGGAGCGCAUGGUCGGAUCUCUUAUGUACCUCUCCGAGGUUCAGGCCACCGUUCUUGAAGUCAAGGCUAUCGAAGGUUUCGGUAUGACUGUUGAUGUCAUCUUGUCCAACGGUAUCCUGCGAGAGGGUGACAGGAUAGUCCUAUGUGGUGUGGAAGGGGCCAUUGUCACAAACAUUCGUGCCCUAUUGACCCCGGCACCGCUCCGCGAACUCCGUCUCAAGUCUGCCUAUGUGCAUAACAAGGAGGUCAAGGCCGCUUUGGGUGUCAAGAUUAGUGCUCCUGGACUCGAAGGCGCCAUUGCUGGCUCUCGCUUGAUGGUUGUUGGCCCUGAUGACGACGAGGACGACUUGAUUGACGAGGUCGAGUCCGACCUGGCAACUCUGUUCAGCAGAGUUGAGAAGACUGGUCGCGGUGUCAGCGUUCAGGCUUCUACUCUUGGUUCCCUUGAGGCCUUGUUGGACUUCCUUAAGGAUUGUAAGAUUCCCGUCGCCAACGUCGGAAUCGGCCCUGUCUACAAGCGCGAUGUCAUGCAGGCUGGUAUCAUGUUAGAAAAGGCCUCGGACUAUGCUGUGAUGCUCUGUUUCGAUGUUAAGGUCGAUAAGGAAGCGCAGGCCUACGCUGAUGAAGUCGGUGUCAAGAUCUUCACUGCUGACAUUAUCUAUCAUCUUUUUGACUCAUUCACCAAGCAUAUGGCUGAUUUGUUGGAGAAGAAGAAGGAAGAAUCCAAGAUGUUGGCCGUCUUCCCUUGUGUCCUUAACACUGUCGCCGUCUUCAACAAGACCAACCCAAUCGUUGUUGGUGUCGAUGUCGUUGAAGGUCAGCUGAAGAUCAACACGCCUAUUGCUGCCGUCAAGACGAACGCGGUGACCGGAGUGAAGGAAGUCAUCAGUUUGGGCAGGGUAACCUCGAUCGAGCGUGAUCACAAGCAGGUCCCCGUGUGCAAAAAGGGCCAACCGUCCGUGGCUGUCAAGAUCGAGAUGGGCGGUCACCAGCCGACGUAUGGUCGCCAGCUUGAGGAGGCGGACACCCUUUACAGUCUGAUCUCGCGUGCCAGCAUCGAUACCCUCAAGGAGUUUUACCGCAAGGACGUUAGCAACGACGAGUGGCAGCUUAUCAUCAAGCUCAAGCCCCUCUUCGACAUUCACUAA